AUGAAUUACGUCGAUCAACAGCAAUUUAUAAUGCAACAUGGACAACGAAUGCAGAAUCCUCGAAUGAUUUCUGUGCCAACAACAGUAACACCGCAACAUCUGCAUCGGCAGCAAAGAUAUGGUAUGGCGAUGAUGCAACCCGGUCAGCAACCAGUACAAAUCACAUCUGGACAGUACGUACAGAAUCCACAAAUGCAGCCAAGGCUACUGACAAUGAGCGAUGCGUUGUCGCGCUUACCACCCGAAGUACAACAGAUGGCUCAGCAACAAAUUAAUGCAGAAACAAAUGCUGAAAAAAAACGACAAGUUGCUCUAGGAUUUAUACAGGGUCGUGUUCGAGUCAGAUUAACUCAACAAUAUCCAGGGCAAAGUACGAUGAAUACUGGUGGGAUGAUGAUUAGUGUUGGACUGAAUCAGCAAGUUGGUAUGUCUCAAGGAAAUACACAAAUGGUGCGCAUGGGAACUGUACAAGGCGGUCCAGUACCAUAUCCAGCACAAAGUGUUUCUUUGCAAACAGGUAUGGGACAAAUGGGACCAACACAAGUGUCUGUGCAACGCAUGCCCAAUCAUUACAUGGCAAGUGGUAUAAGCGGUCCUCAAAAUGUACAAUAUCAAUCUCAAGAUCCCGGAAAUGUUCAAAAUUAUAACUCACAACAGCAAAUUACUCUUACUCAGCCGUCAUCUGUAGGACCAACUGUGCAGCAGACUUCUUCGCUGCAUCAUAGAGGCCCAAGCAGUGUUCCACCCGCAAUUUAUACACAGUAUCAUCCUGAAAGCACAGCUUCGACACACAGCACAACAGGUAGUGAAGGUGACAAAAGCUCAGAUGAACCACUUUACAGCCAGAAGCUAGAAUUACUGAAACCUUAUCAUGAACAUAUCAAAAGGCUGCUCGAAAGAAAUCGUUUGGAUGGACAAGCACCAAAGUCAAAGUUUGAGCGCCUUCUUGAAAUAAUGGAAAACAGACGGAAAGUAGAAUUAAAACUUCUGGAAAAGUUGGUUGUUAGUGUAAGAAAUUUAAUCGAACGUGAUUCACUUUGUUUCCCGUUGAUCGAUGCCUUACGUUUAGAGAGCGGCGACGCUACGAAGACAUCACUUCCGGAUCCUUGGGGUGACUUCCAUCAAUAUGCUAUAAAAGUUCCGGAAAAGGUAAUGAACUUGGUUAAGGAAGAAAAAACGAGUAAGGAAGAGUUAAUACUAGUAAAACGAAUCAAAAGAGAGAAUGAUUCUGAUGAACGCAUAGCGGUGAUAUGCCAGGAUGGUUCACGGUUAGAAUUAUCGCAAGAAGCAUCGGAUCAACUUCGACCGUUUGAUCCUGAAUUUAUACCAAUAUCAGAUGAUUGUACAGAAGUCCAAGUAUUUAUUGAAAACGAUAUUGUAGGUUUAUCUUUUUUAAAGCUGCUGGUACCGCCACUGCGACUAGUGGUACCUUUGAACUAUCCGGAAUCCAGAGCAUCCAUAUGGCGUGAUCGAUGGUCGUAUGGUGGUGUUAGCUUAGUUGAUAUCAAUACACAAUUUGAUAAACGCUUAAAUAUGGCUGUUAAUUGUCGAACUAUCACGGAAAUUGUCAAUGCCUGGAAGCUUGCUUCUUUGCAUGUUCUAAAAAUUGGUAGCUCCAGUGCAAGCACGUAG